AACAUUUACAACUUGACAUGCUUUUUAAAAUGUUCCUUAAUCCGUUCCCAGUGGGACAGAGUAUGUCGGGCACUUUCAGAGAAAGGAGCGAACAGACACACAGACUCCAGUCCUGCUUUGAUAAUAAUAGUCCUGGAUUGGACUGGAUGGUCUUUGGAGUCUCGUUCUUGUCUUUUGCAGGAACCUACAUCUGUCGCUUCCGUCGUGGGGAGGAACUCUUGGAAAUCCGGCAGGAGGUCUCCGUCCCGCUGGUCUCCGCAGACCUCAUCCCAGGCAUAUCCCAGCAGUCCAUGGAUUGCAGCUCUCAUCGUCCACUGACCCUGGAGUGCUGCAUCCGGGACAGAGGCAUGGAAGGAGUCAAAGCAGCCUGGGACCCCGGAGAGACGGACUUCGCUGACCCCGUGGCCGGAAACGGGGGCUCCCUCUGCCACCGCUUGACCCUGGGCUCCUGUCCCGACGAAGAGGAGGCCGCCUUCGUCUGCACCUUCCAAGGCCAGGGAACUCCAUCCGUCCAGAGCACUGUGAGGGUCAGCCCCAUCCGAGACGGAGACCUCUUCUGCCCCAGGGAGGAGGCAGGGGGCAGCUGGGGGGCCACCAAAGCUGGACGGACAGCGGAGCUCCUGUGUCCGGAGGGCAAGGAAGGCAAGCUCCUGCGCAACUGCUCUGCCGGAGGCUCCUGGGGACCCAUAAAGGGCGGAUGCACCAGCCAGAAGCUGCUCUCGGAUCUGCACCAGGCCCAGCUGCUCCAGGCCGGGCUGGGAGACCCCCAGACGGCGGUCCCCAUGAUGCUCUCCUGGCUGGACGGAGCGGCCCUCGGGGCCCCGGGCUCUUCUCCGCAGGACCUGCUCACCACCAUCGCCAUCAUGGACGCCCUCUCGCACGCGGCACUGGACGCCCACAUCCGCCUGGACAGCAGCGCAGUGGCGGUGAGUUCCCAAGGGAAACGCUCCAACUAG